AUGCCUUACUACGCAAAACUUUUUGAAAUGGUAUUUGGGGCGGCUGAUCUGAUAAGACAAUUAAGUUGGGGUACAACCCUUAUCUUCCACCCAAGCAGUCCCAGCCUGAAUUCAACACAGCGACACCCACAAAUCCUCCCUAUCGCGAAAGCGGCGCUGGAAUCCUCAUAUCGGCCACCCACCAUGUCGCUUGUCAGUGGUGAGAAAUCGAACUUCCAAUUCAUCUUGCGUCUCCUUAACACCAAUGUCGACGGUAAACAGAAGGUCAUGUAUGCCUUGACCAAGAUCAAGGGUGUUGGAAGGCGUUAUUCCAACUUGGUCUGCAAGAAGGCUGAUGUCGACUUGAACAAGCGCGCUGGUGAACUUACUACCGAAGAGCUUGAGCGCAUCGUCACUAUCAUCCAAAACCCUACCCAAUAUAAGAUCCCUACCUGGUUCCUCAAUCGCCAGCGUGAUAUUAUCGAUGGAAAGGAUUCGCAGAUUCUUGCCAACUCCCUCGACAAUAAGCUGCGUGAGGACUUAGAGAGACUCAAGAAGAUUCGUGCUCACAGAGGUCUCAGACAUUACUGGGGUCUCCGUGUUAGAGGACAGCACUCCAAGACUACCGGUCGCCGUGGGCGAACUGUUGGUGUGUCGAAGAAGAAGGGUUAAACUAUUUCCUUCUUCAGGGAUCCUUUUUGCUUGGGAUGGGAUACAGUAUUACUACUCUUCACCGGUGGCAGUGGUAAUGUGCAGGGAAUCGGAAAAAAAAUAAAAUGGUUUUCGUAA